AUGCCCACCACCACUGCAAAUACUGCGACCAAGAAGGUUCCACCACCACCAAAGGGUCCCAAGAUUACCGAAAUGUCAGAUGAGACCAUCACAAAAAACACAAUCUUGGUCAACUCUCAACAUACCAACAUGAGAUUGCUUUUCCUUUUGCAAAAAGCAGUUCAACAUCUUCACGAUUUCGCCAUUGAAACAAGGUUAACCACCGAGGAAUGGGAAGCUGCAAUCAAGUUCCUUACCGAGACCGGUAAAAUGUGCUCUGAUAUCCGUCAAGAAUUUGUCUUGUUGUCUGAUGUUAUGGGUUUGUCUGUCUUGGUUGACGCCAUUUCCCAUCCUAAACCGGCAAAUGCAACAAUUGGUACAUUAUUAGGACCUUUCCACACUCAUGAUGCAACUGAAAUGCACCAGGGUGAUUCCAUCUGCUCUGAAGGUAAAGGCGAGCCAUUAUUGAUUGAAGGUUUGUUGACUGAACCCGAUGGAACUCCAAUUCAGGAUGCCACCAUUGAUCUUUGGCAUUGUGACGCCAAUGGGUUGUACGAUACUCAAUACGCAGAUAGAGAUCAUCCAGAUAUGAGAGGAAUCAUCAAGACAAACGAAGACGGAAGCUUUAUCAUCAAAUGCACAAAACCGGUGCCAUACCCAAUUCCUCAUGAUGGACCAGUUGGGAAAUUGUUGCAAAAGAUCAAUAGACACCCAUAUAGACCAGCUCACAUCCAUUUCAUCAUUGAGAAGCAAGGCUAUGAUAGGUUGAUUACUGCUUUAUAUGCCAAAGGAGAUCCCUACGAAACCUCGGAUGCUGUAUUUGGGGUCAAGACAUCGUUGUUGUACACUUUGGACAAGUUGGGAGAAGAAAAGGCCAAGAAGUAUGACAUGAAUGCCGAUGACUGGUACUUGAAGUGGCAUUUCAAGAUCAUCACUGAAGAGGAAGCUAAGAAGUUGGUUUACGAGAAAAACAGGGAUGCCUUGACCAGAGCCGCAGCCAAUUUGACACUCAAUGCUGAUGGUUUGCCAGAACCUUCGCCAUUGGACUAA